AUGGACGCCAUGUUACAGAGAGAGCUCUGCGACGAGCUGGCAUUGGACAAGAGUGUGUUCUGGAGUGAUAGUAUGACGGUACUUAGGUAUAUCGCUAAUGAAACCACCAAAUUCCGAACGUUUGUCGCGAAUCGCGUUGAAACCAUUCAUCAGCAUUCGGAUCCAUCGCAGUGGAGAUACGUAUCGACCAAUCAGAACCCGGCGGACGACGCUUCACGAGGUUUGACAGCGGACGGCUACCUGGAGUGUACGCGAUGGCUACAGGGGCCGGACUUCCUCUGGAGUUCUCACCAGGAGGAUCAACGCGUAGACACCGAGCUCGUGGAGUCUGAUCCUGAGUUGAAGGCAACUGUGACAGCGGUUAAGAUCGCGUCUGACAUGUCCGAGGAGGCUCGUGACACAAUGGAUAAGCUGUUGCGUUACCAUUCAACAUGGUACAACCUGAAGCGCUCCACCGCUUGGUUGCUUCGCAUUAAACGAAUGUUGCUGCGCAAAGUUCGGAAUAGGAGCAAUAAUGAGGUUAAGGUCGAACUUAGCGGAGAGCCGCUAACGGUGGACGAGAUGAAGGGCGCCGAAUGA